GCAGCUAGCUAAACCUGCAGAGAAGAAGCAGCAGCAGCAUCCCACUCCCAUUCCAUUUACACGCCAUCGUCGUCGACCCCAGCCCAUCCUCGCCCUAGUUAAUUCAGGCUAAAAACACAUGGAUAUUUGGUGGAGGAUGGCCGACAACGACGGUAAUGGAGGAGCAGACGGCGGCGAGUCUGAUCACCGGCGGGAGAAACGCGCCGAGCUGGAAGUGGCUAUGAAGGGUAAUCUGGCCGUGCAGGCCUACAUCAAGAUGGGAUGCACGAUCAUGGUGUACCUGGCAUUUACUUGGUCGACGGUAGUCCUCCUGGGUGGCUACGUCGGCUCGCUGCAGAGAAAGGAUUUCUGGUGCUUAACAAUCAUUACUGUUAUAGAGGCAACCAGCAUCUUCAACGAGUUGGAGUCGCAGGACAAGGUGAAAGUCGGCAUUUCGAACAUAAGAGGUGGAAUACUCAUUGCUGCCGCCGAGUCGUUUGAUCGGUUGACAUGUCGGGCCUCUUACUUAAGUUCGUUAGAGGGGGGCGUUAGUCUUGCAUUCGCUGCAAUACUAGCGCGACCGGUCCUUUUCAUGUUCAACAUCCUACUCCUCUUCAACUUGUAUGGUCCCAUCGCCUGCAUCGGCCUCUCGUCGUGGCGUCUCAGGCAACGUGAUUACCAUGUCAACGCCGGCGUAAAAGAUAAUGGAGAAUUGAACCUUAUGCGGGGGCUGGACUUCUUCUAUACCCUGGUUCUUUGCCACGGUGUGCUCUACUCCUUCUUGCUACUACUCCUCGCGUCCCAGAGUGACCUCGUCGUUAGCUUCUCCCAGCACUGCAAGUUCCUAAAAGCGUGGGGCUGGACCAGAAUUGAGGCAUACCUCCUGGACACCCGAGAGAGAGGCGAGCGGGACCCGAGAGUGCUUGCUGCGGAGGGAACGAGCUUUCUCAACUACUUAGUUGGGCUGCUGGAGUCUGAGUCCCUGGAAGACUACCUCACCGGAGCAAGGCUGCUGUACGUACUCAUCGACGACGGCGAAGAUGCGAGUAGCAUCAUUCUUCGCUCCAGAUCCAAGGUACAAAAGCUGCUCGAUAUGCUGGGCCAACCAUCAGCCGGCGGCGAGAAGGUAGCGGAGAUCAGGUUGGUCUCCGCGAGGAUCGUUGCGGAUCUCGCCGCCGGAGGCAUGCAGCUGUCUCAGUUCCCUGGAGCGAUCCGGUGCGUGUUAUCCUUGGUCGAGACCUCCACCACCGGCCAGCAGCAGCUAGUACUGUGGAACAAGAACAACAAAAAUCAGCAGCCACUGUGGAACAACAGUAAUCUAUCAGUGACUGAAAGAAACCAACUGCAACAACAAUCCCUGGAGUUCCUUAAGCUAUUCUGUCGUCGAAAAACAACGAGCCGGAAGCAAGGAGCAGGUGAUGAUGGAGGGCAGGUGGAGGAGAAAAGUAGCAGCCGACAAAGAUCAGUAGUUGGCUGCAACGAGCUCAUCCUGCAGGGUCUCAGAAUCGUCGAGGGGCUCGCCGGCGACGCAAACAACUGCAGGGAGAUCUGUGCCGCUCCGGACCUCAUCGCCAAGAUCACCGCGCCGCUCUUCUCCGCCACGUUCAUCGAUGGCAUCGGCAAGAGCGCGGCGUGGGCCGACGUAGCCGGUGCCUCGCUCAGGGCGCUGCACCAGCUCAUCCAUGCUGCUCCUGGGAGGGCCGGCAGAAGGCUGCGCCGUGAGAUCGCCUCCAACGCACGGGCGGUGACCAACCUGGAAAGCAUUCUUGAUCUGGAGGCGGUGGAGGGAGGCGCCGCACAGGCACAGCAGCUGCAGAUUCCAGCCAUGGAGAUCCUGACUGAAUUAGUCGUGGAUCCGUCUGUCAACAUCAGCAGGGAAACCAGAGAAAACCUCGUCAGGAAGCAGGUGUCGAUCUUCUUCGGUCUCACCGAGGGAGGGCAAGACGAGGAUGUAGUUGGUCCAGUGCCUACUGCUACCGCCAUCAAGAAGAAGAUGACGGCAAAGAAACCGAGAGCCAUUAAUAAAAAGGAGAAGACCAUCGAAGCUACUGCUGGAGAGACACUUGCAAUCCUGUCCAAGAGUGAACUUAUCUCUAGGUUCAUCGUGAGGGAACAUUAUGACAUUGUUGAUCGUCUCACACUCACUGCAGGGAUGAUUGAUGCAAAGCACACCACUAACAUCAUCAGGUACAGAACAUUAUCAGCUGAGAUCUUGGAGAAUAUCUGCACUCACUGCAAGGAGAAGGAACUCGUCAAUGAAGCUUUGCUCCAAAAGGUCAUCGAAAUAUUGACAAAACCAACCAAAACAGAAGCAUAUGGAGACAAUGAAGAGAUUCGAGAAAAUUCUUCACACGGAGAUGACGUCGAGAAGCAAAGCCGUCCGAAGCAGACUGGGCAAGGGAAAAAGGCUACCAAGGCAUCCGAUCAACAAGCAGACGAGGAUGACAUGAAGGAACUGCAACAAGCGCUGCUAUCUCUGACAUUGGUCAUACAUGAAACUGUUCCUUUGCUCCAAGAGAGUGCUUCCCGGGAUGCAGUCGUGGACAAGCUCAAGGCUAUCGUAGACGACAACUGUCAGGAGAUGACGCCUGUGUCUCUGAGGAUCGUCAAGCUCUGCUGCCAGAUUGUUACCAGCCGCAACCGCUGCACCACCCGUGAGCAGAAAAAAGAAUUCCUAGAGUCACUGUCCAAGGCUUCCAAAGCCAUGGCUAACCUUGAAAGCUGCAUGCUUUUUGCUGGCACCGAUUGUGGAAUGGACAAGAUCGCGUGGCCUCUCCUCUCUGAUCUCGAAGGAGAACUGAACAAGUUGGUUGCCAACUAGAGCUUCAGUGUGAUGACACGAUCAUUGGGUUUUACUUCUCGCUUUCGUUCUAAGUGCGUUAAUGAAAUAAGAAAAAUGUACUUUAUUUAAGGAACAUAUUGCUAUUUUUAUGCUGCUUUUGUGAGUGCCUGUAAUAAUGAACGUCAGUUCCACAGUGUGAAUAAUGUUGUUUUCGUCAACCUGAGGUGA